AUGAAUUCUAACAAAACAGAAUCUUCUAGCUCAAGACAAGAAGAAUUGGACAGCAAUUAUGAAAUCAUUAAUCAUUUCCAAGGUAAUUACAAAGAUCCUAAUAAUAGUAGUACUGAAUACUUGCCAAUUAAUAAUUUGUCUGACUUAUCAAGCUACGACUCAUACUCGACACAUUCAUCAACACCGACAGAUUCUAGUGGAUUGUUAUCAUCAUCGUUUAUAGGUCAUGACGAAGGAAAAACUUGGAUAGAUCAACAAGUAUAUGGAAAUCGUGAACAGAUCUCUCUUUCAUCAUUUCAUGUUGCAUAUCUCGGUGAGAGUGUAGAUAAACAUUGUAAAGACAAUAUUUUCUCAAAACUAUCAGAAAAACGUCAUAUCCUAUAUCCACAAGGAAAUGAUUAUCACAUCGAUACUAAAGUCUCACUAUGCGUACUUGACCUUACCAACAAACCUUUAUCAGAUGCCAAAGAUAAUUUACUCAAAAAUUAUUUAAAGGUCAAAUCUGGCGAUGGCAAUGACCGGAAACGAAAGAUGAAAUCUACUACUACUUGUAAGAGAAUUAAUCGUCGUUGGAUUGAUCUAUGUGUAAUCUUUUUACCAUCAAAGUUUUCAAAAAUACCUUCUGUACAUAUUCCAAUUAUGCUAGAGCUACACAAAUAUGUGACUUUAUUUCCCGUUAUCUGUUCAGUCGAUCCAGAAACUGGUCUAGAGUGUGUAGUGGAAGGAAAUC